AUGGAAGAUUUCUUCUUACCGGAGUUCACAUUCGACCAUUUCGACUUCGACUUGUACGAGGAAGAUCUUCUGCCCGAAGUCGUCACGCAAAAAUCACAAACCAAUCCGCAUGCUCGUCAUCACGUUAAUGAUCAAUCUUGUCGACUUGAGUUCUCGUGCGAGAGACCGAUGAAGAAGGCGAAGAUCAAUGGCUGGAAUUCUUCCUCGAGUUCACCAAUCGUCGCCGAUCCUUUGUUCCCUUCUUCGUCCCCGCGUUUGAUCUCGUUCGAUUGCUGUAAUGUUUCAUCUCGGGUCACAAGAAACGAUUUCAAUGUCGAAGAAUGUGGCGGUUCCCCGACUUUUGGACAAGGGACAACAAGAGAAUCAGCGCGUGUGAGAUCGUCGGUUCUCGCCAAAGAGCAUGUCUUAGCCGAGAGAAAGCGAAGAGAGAUGCUCUCCGAAAGAUUCAUUGCUCUUUCAUCUCUUCUUCCUGGUCUUAAAAAGUCCGACAAGGUGACGGUUCUUGAAAACGCGAUUAUGCACAUAAAAGAGCUCCAAGAACGAGUUAUGCAACUCGGGGAAGAGAAAGAAGCGUCAAAAGAAACGGAAUCCAUGAUUUUUGUGAAGAAAACCAAAAUUUUCAUCGAGGAAAACGACGAUGACACAACUCAUAGUUCCACGUUAUCAUCGUAUGAGGAUUUUAACCUAAUGUUGCCCGAGAUCGAGGCUAGAGUAUCGGGAGAGGAUGUUUUGAUUAGAAUACACUGCAAGAAGAGUAAAGGGUCGAUGAUUGUUCUAUUGAACGAAAUCGAGAAGUUGCAUUUGAGCGUCUUGAGCAGCAUUGCGUUGCCAUUCGGAGACUCAACUCUUGAUAUCACCGUCCUUGCCAAGAAGGAGGAAGAUUUCUCUAUGACGGGGAAAGAUCUUGUGAAGAACUUGAGACUCGCAAUAUUGUAG